AUGGAGACGUCUGAUGGCCAGUUCUACUAUGCGACCAAGGCUUUCGGUGUCCUGGAAAGAUUGGACCCCAAUCCUGAAUACUGGGAAGGCAAGCGAGGGGCGUGCGUGGGCGUAUUCCAGCAGAUCAUAGCUGGCCAUGAACCAAGAGAAACACUGCGAGACAUCCUCCAAAUCUUGCGCAACACCGGUAACCCACAGGUUGAAUACAUCAUCCGUGUCAUGAAGAAGUGGGCCAAGGACAACAGGGCACCAGUUUUCUGAGGUGGUCCCUAUCCUAGUCUUGAGAUUGUUUAAAUUUGUACAUUCCAAAAAACCCUGCUUGCAAAGGGAUUUUCCAAAAAUAAAAUAUGGAACGAUACUGUGGAUUAAGAGUGAUUUAAUUAUUCUUGACACAUGGGAAAUUUGCCUUGAAAUAUUUCUCUAUUUAGCUUUGGCAAGAUGGUUAUGCAGGAGAAAACAACAGUUCUGGAGAGAGGCUAGUCUCUCAUGGCAUAAACAAAGUAGGCUUGCCUAGUUAAGCUGGACUCUGUGCCUCAGUCAGUGACUC